AUGUCCUUCGCAAUCUCCCGUGUCCUGGCCCCAGCACGGUCGAAGCUUCCUUCUGUUGCCAUUUCUUACUCUCUUUCUACCCGGCUACACUCCACUGGCCCUGGUCCCUACAGUCCCAUCCAGACCAAGUUGGCUUCAGUGAGAGGAUCCAAGAAUGGCAACCGAUUCAAAGAGUUCGACCUACAGGACCGGGUGUAUGCUAUCACUGGUGGUGCCAGAGGUCUUGGUCUUGCAAUGGCUGAAGCGCUUUUAGAGGCUGGCGCAAAAGUCUACUGCUUGGACCGUCUCGAGAGCCCGGAUCCCGAGUUCAUGGCCGCUAAGGAGCAUGGAGAACGGGAAUUCGGUGGCCUGCUAGAAUACCGCCGCCUCGAUGUCCGCAAUGACGCGGAAGUCAACAACGUCUUCUCUGAGAUUGCCGGCAACAACCAGCGGCUGGACGGUCUGGUUGCUGCCGCCGGGAUCAACUACCUACAGAGCGCUCUGGAGCACUCGCAAACGGCCCUGAACGAAGUCAUGCAGAUCAACUAUAACGGUGUUUUUAACUCCGCCACAGCCGCAGCCCGCCAGAUGUUCAACUACCAACAAAAGGGCUCGAUCCUGCUCAUUGCUAGCAUGAGCGGUCUCAUCGCCAACAAGGGCAUGACUUCUCCCGUCUACAACUCCUCCAAGGCUGCUGUUAUCCAACUCUCCCGUUCUCUGGCCAUGGAAUGGGGACGUCACGGUAUCCGCGUAAACAGUCUGUGCCCCGGACACAUUGUCACCCCCAUGGUUGAGCAAGUCUUCCAACAGAACCCCGCUGCGCGAGCUGUCUGGGAAGCUGAGAACAUGCUUGGGCGGCUAGCUACACCUGAGGAAUUUCGGGGUGCUGCACUUUUCACUCUAAGUGAUGCCAGCAGCUUCAUGACUGGAAGUACGAUGCUCAUCGACGGUGGCCACACUGCGUGGUGA